AUGUUGUAUACCUAUUUGAUUGUUACGAUAGUUUCUACGACUCUAGCACUUCGUUUGCCAGCACCGUAUGAUAUUCGUAUUGAUUACUAUAAAGUUGAUACGACUGAAGAUUUAGUUAUUCACACGCCUCGUCCAAAGUUUUCAUGGAAGUUACCUGUCUCAUCUCGAAGAGGUAUUCAACAAAUAGCUUAUCAAAUACAAAUGAAAUGGCACGGAAGCCAGUGGGACAGUGGCCAAGUUUUCUUCAAUCAAUCAUUUCGUGUGUUAGCGUGGAAUGGAAAGGAUCUGCAAUCGUUAACACACUAUCAAAUACGUCUUCGUUUGUGGACAACAGAAUCUAAUCGAUCGACCUUCUGGACAGACUGGAUAUGUUUUCGAACAUCGAUAUUUAACCUCCAUGAGUAUAUAACAAACAAGAACGAUGAUGUCCAAUGGAUUGGUUCCACAGAGAUUUACAUGAACGUGCUACGAAAAGAGUUCAAUGUCACGAGUGAAAGCCCAAUUCGAACGGCCAUAGUUUUGAUGUCUGGACUUGGAUAUUCUGAAUUGUAUGUCAAUGGAGAUAAAAUAGAUCCCAGUCGAAAAUUAGAUCCGGGUUGGACGACAUACGAAAAGCGUUCUCUCUUUGUAUCAUUUGAUUUAACAUCGAAAGUCAAGAUUGGCAAGAAUGCAGUUGGUGUUAAACUUGGCAAUGGUUGGUAUAGUGAAGAACAAUAUCUACUAUCAACACACAAUAAAACAGUUUAUGGUUAA